GGGUAAUAAACGCUGACCGGUAGAGUUUACUAUCAAACAACCGGUUAACUUGGGCUUACGCUCGGCCGAAAAACAACAAAAAAGGAAAACCAAGAGGCUGAGCCACGAUGUUUGCUAUAGAGCUUGAACCGCUCCAAGGUUAUAAGAGAGCAUCAAAGUCACUAUUUCACUUAGCAAUCGCUACACAAUCUCUCUCUCUUCCUCUCUCUCCUUCCCACACUAGCGAAAUUUUCACGCUUUUGUCCGCACAAAAGCUCAGAAACCCGGCCAAACCAACACCAUCUCCUCAAUGGCCGCCUCAACAAUAGCUGUGCAAGCGGUGCGGCGUGCGCGCUUGAAGUCGGCGCUGCGCACGGCCCUGGCUUGCUCCAUUGUCGGGCUCAUCACCCUCUACGCCCCGGCCCAUGUUCGGAAGUUCUUGGCAUACCCGGCCUUCUCGUACGUGACGACCAUUUUGAUCGUGUCGGACGCAACGGUCGGCGACGCUUUGAGAGGAGUAUGGAACGCCUUCUACGCGACUACUCAGGUCAUGCUUUUCUCCGUGUUGAGCUUGUGGCUGGCCGGGCCUGCCCGGUUCGCCACUCACGGCGUGGCUGCCGCAGCGGUGUCCCUCGGUGCUUUUCUGGUUGCACUGCCUGAGUCGACUCAUCUGAUGUCCAAAAGGAUCGCUUUCGGCCAGAUGGUGAUCAUCUUUGUGGGAGCUGCCAUAGGGGGAGCGAACACCGGAGUUGUGACCCACCCGGUUCACGUGGCGUCAAGCACCGCACUUGGCGCCCUGGCUUCGGUGCUGGCUCUUUUGUUCCCGUACCCUUGGCUUGCAUGCAGUGAGAUCAGGAAAACAUGCCGAUUGUAUGCCGAGAAUGCAUCUGAGAGGCUGAAUCUCUAUUUAGAUGGUUUCUUCGCCAAGGGACGCCCAGCUGCAGUAGACUUGAUCUCCCAAGCAGCAUGCUUUUCCAGAGUAGCAAAGAAGCUCCUUCAAAAUAUCAAAGAACACGAGAGAGGUGUGUCAUGGGAGAGACCGGGACUAGGAUUCCUAAAUCCUAACUAUGUCAACUUAGGAAAAAGAUUGCGAGAAAUAGAGCUGCCGUUGAGAGGAAUGGAAAUGGCCCUCAAUUCUUGCUCCUCUUUUCCUAUCGGCAUGGCGGACCAAGAACUUCAAAAGGCUUCUCCAAAAAUUAAACUGCACUUGAGGCAAAAACUCGAGCAAGCUAGAUGUUUCGCACCUUGUGAUGCUACAACAGCUCCUGAGACCAAGGGGGACGACAUAGAAAAAGCCCUCCGGCCCUUCACCACCAUCCCCGCAUCUGUGGAAGACCUACCAGCACUUUUCUUCCUUCACUGUGUCCAAAUCCUCCAACACGACCUGAUUUUCAGACAGACUCUAAAACCCGUCGGUUUCAAGAGCCACGAUUCCGUUGCUCAACAGUCUGGAGAAAAAAAUCAAGCUAAGUAUUGCUUCGGAAGGAGGAGGACAAGGCUGAACGUGAAACCGAGCUGCCAAAGUUUGAUUUUUGCAUUGAAGUGCUCCCUUUCUCUGGGUCUCGCUGUGCUAUUUGGUCUGAUAUAUAACAAGGAAAAUGGGUACUGGGCAGGACUCACCAUUGCAAUCAGUUUUGCGGCAGGAAGGCAACCAACCUUCACUGUCGCGAAUGCGCGAGCACAGGGCACGGCCAUGGGAUCAGUGUAUGGAUUACUGGGUUACUUCAUUUGCGGAAGAUCAGUACACCUGAGAUUCCUACCUCUUCUUCCGUGGAUCAUUUUCACUAGCUUGCUCAGGCACAGCAGAAUGUAUGGCCAAGCGGGUGGCAUUUCAGCAGUCAUAGGUGCGUUGCUCAUCUUGGGUCGGAGAGAUUAUGGACCCCCAACACAGUUCGCGAUCGCCAGAAUCACAGAGGCGUCCAUUGGACUGAUCUGCUUCAUCAUGGUAGAACUACUUUGUGAACCUGCAAGAGCGUCAACCCUUGCUAAGGUUGAACUCUCAACGAGCUUGAGAAAACUGGGCGAAUGCAUUGAGGGUAUUGUUCUUUGCUUGGAAGAGAAACAAUGGCCAGAUUCAAGAUUCCACACCUUUCAGGAAAAGCUACGGGAUCUAAGAACCCGCACCUCCAUAUAUGGCGUUCUGACAGAAGAGGCCGUAUCAGAGCCUAACUUCUGGUUCCUCCCCUUUCCAGGGGAUUGCUAUCUCAAGAUUCUCGAAUGCUUGUCGAAGAUGGUGGACCUCAUACAAUUUACCAGCUUCCAACUGGAGUCUCUCCAACGAUUAUCUCUGGGCAUCGGUGUCGCUUGGAAGGAGAUUCAAGAGCCAUUGGAACAGGAUCUGGAGCUUUUCAAGGAAAUGAUGGGCACUUCGAUCCAAUUCCUUGGAGCAGUCACUUCAUUCAAGUCCCUUUCUGCUAUUGACACAGAAUUGCAGAAGACGAGAAUGGCUUGGGACAUCGAAUUAGGGAAGUCGCAAAGUGGAAACCUGACUUUAUUUUCAGGUACAGAUGACAAAGAUGUUGCGAAGGUUACAAGUUCAUUUCUUCGCCGAUCGAAUGAAGUGGUAACAAGAAUUCAUGCUCAAGAAGGUUUGGAGGAGCUCAAGAGCCAAAUAGUUUUGUGCAUUGGUGGCCUGAGCUUUUGCCUGAGCAGGUUGAUGAGAGAAACAAUGAUCAUGGAGGAAAUGGUAAAAGAGCUUCUUCAGAGGGAGAAUCCUACACGUCUCGUAAACAUCUCCGAAAUUUAUUCCAAGCUAAAAGCUUUGAACAUGUAG